AUGCGUAAGCAGGUCAAUAAAUACCAGAUUGAUCGAUCAAAUUCUUGUGUGAAUCUUGGCCAAUGGUAUCAAUUUGUAGUUGAGGACACCAAAAGACAAAAUUCGUCUGCACUUGCUGAUAAAGACUCUACCAGUGUUUUUUUUCACGAUAAAUUCCCUGCUUUUAUGCGAUUUCUUCAAGGCAUCAAUUGCUUGUUGCUUUGUACUAUAUUUUGGCAUGAGAAAGAUAAAAACAGUAUCGUAUUGCAUAUAAAAACCAUUAAACUCCUUAUUGUGAGUGAUAUCGCAUACUUUCAGGCCAUCCUGGCCGUCCAGGCUGUCCUGCCAGGCUGUCUAAAUACAGAGUGGACAUCAAUGCUUUGGAACCGUGUUCUAGGGGCAUGCUGCUUGAUGCACAUCAUGAGUGGAGGAUAUUCGGUUCUACAAUCAAAUUUCCUCCAAGAUCCAAGCACCUGUAAUUCCCUUAUCACCUCCACCUUUAUCUUGACGCAAUCCCAAAAUACCGGGUUAUUUCUUGGUGUUGGCUCAAUCGCAGCUGGGAUUAUGCGGUGUUUGACAAUCUGGAGACUUUCAGAUCAAGAGUUGGUGGCAUCUACAUCUACAUCAUUAUUACCCUUAUCCAAUCAGCCACCAAAAGAAUAA